CGGAAAACAUGAGUUCAAGACGGGGCGAUACACGUCGUUCGCGGCCACAGAAGCACCAAAACACAUUCGCAUUUAAGAACGAUCUGCACGACAAGCAAACGCCGCUAAUAAAACUCAUCACCAACCUAAACGUGUGUGAAGUGUGCGAACAUUGCAAGAGCGUCAUCGACUGGAAGAUAAAGUACCGCAAGUACAAACCACUAACGCAACCCAAAUCAUGCAGCAAAUGUGGCGAACGAAAGGUGAAGCGUGCCUACCAUGUGAUUUGCCGUGAUUGUGCCCUAGCCAAUCGGUGCUGUGCGAAAUGUUUGAAGUCGGCCGACGAAGCCGGAAGUAUCAUUCCACCGGAACCGACGGAACAGGAGCAGGUUAAGCUGAAGGCCGAAAUGGAUCAGCUAUUAAAAUCGCUACCGGAGCGCAAGCGGCGAACGUUCCUGCGCUACAUGAACCGCGGGCAGAGGAAAAAGCGACAGGCGGUCGCCGAUCAGGAUGGUUCGGAUGACGAUCAAAGCGAGGGAAGGAAGAAAAGGGAAAAAUUCGUUAUGCCUCGCACGAGGGAAGAAUUGCUGGAAAAGUUCGCUCAGCUCAAGCUGGCUGCCGGUAAGGAAGGCGAGGAGGGAGAAGACGGUGACGAUGAUUACAGCAGUGAUGAUGAAGAUUAUGAAGACCUCAGCGAUGAGGAUUUAUCAAAAAGUUCUGGAACGAAAUAAAUGCUCUUAAUUUACAUCAUCGGAA